CAGCUCUUCAAAGAGGCCACACAUUCACAAACAUUGCAAAGGAAACAAAUACCGCAGGUGACAAAAUGUGUUUGAAAAAUUGCGGAAUAAGUUUUAGUAUUCUUUUUAUAUUCACACUUAUUACAGUAGCCGAGUCUCAGAACUGGAGAGGCAACACUUAUUCUUACAAACGAUGGGACAGAAGAACCUGCAGAUACUGUAUAUGUUGGUACGGUUGGGGAUGCGGUUGGUGGAGGUAUUAUAGAUGUGAUGUUCUGGUAGAUGCUUACAGGUGUCGAAGUGGUUGGACACACAAUGGAGACUACAACUGCGAUAUCCCAAUAUGUAGACCCAAUUGUGGUCCUGGAGAAUGUACAGAUCCGAAUGUAUGCGACUGUAAAGGACUGGCGACUGGACAAUUCUGCCAAACAUUGGUUUGUUCAUAUGAGAGGCCAUGUUACCCUGGCAACUGUUACAACAACAACAAGUGUAACUGUACUGCUGGCUUUACCAAAGAGUCUGCGUUGUCAGAGUACGGAUGCAUGAAAAUGGAUACGAACAACAAACCACAUAUUGGAAAAUCAACGAUAAGAAUCCGUCACAUCCGCAGAACCGACAACAAGUUUCUGUAUUACUUCGAGCUGGAUGGCACGGACGAAAGAAACGGCCAGUUAGUUGUCUGGAGCAAUCAGAGAAUUUUCAACGAAAUGGACUUCCGAUUUGAGACAACGUACGAACAGCCAGAACUCUUACCCGAGAGACCUGGUUAUGUGCACAGCACCAAAGUGGGAAUAACCGAAGGCAGUGUUUCGUUAAGAGUGCUUGAUUUUAAGAAUGAGGAACAUACAGAGCAUCAGUACGAUACAAAAUGUGAUGGAACUAGCAGAGACAACCCGACCGAACUAUUCAACUGUACAAUAACAGACCAAGAAUUCAAAACUUUGAUUGAGCAUGCCGACACAUUGAAAGUCACUUUCAGUGCUACAAAUGGUGGCAAUCGAAAAUUAAACAGACUUGGAAAUCUUCAGCCUCCGGAAUACUUUGGAGGACAGAGUGCUACAAAAACCGUAUACUUCAAGUUUGAUUUCCAAGCUCCAAAACAUUGCUCAGAGGAUGAUGUGGGAGGCUAUACCCUGAAGAAAUGUGGGAACAAUGCAACAAUUUUAAAUGUUGGCCCUGAAUUUACAAAGAAGCCUAUAACAAUAUACUGGAAGGGUUGGACCGAUGAUGAAUACGGUUCUCAGAUGUGGAUGUAUUAUCUGGAACUUCACAAGCUUGUAGUAAAAGAUGCUACACAGGAGCUAACAGAACGAAACCCAAUUGGACCUAUGGCAACAGCAGAGGUCAAUCACAUGGGUGAUGUCGUACAUUCCCAUACAUUUAUACCUAAAGAACCAGGAAUGUACAGUUGUUUAAUGGAAGUACGGGACAUAUCAAACAAUUCAAGAAUAACCAGAAGAUUUGUACUUUAUGACAAUGUAUCAGAUGUUGAACUGAAUACAGACAGUCCUUAUGGACUGCAUAUAUCGUCUGCAAGAAACCAUACGGGGUUCAAGUGGCAGUCUACAGGAAGGGAAGGUCAAGAAACGCCAAUCACUAUUGAUUGGACAGGCUACUUCAUGAACAAAGCGCACGAAGACGGGUUUUACAACAAUGAAAUCCAGAGGUUCAAGCCUCAGUUUGAAAAUUUAGAAGAUGAUGGUAUCUUAUUCACCCGAAAAUUUGUUGAUCCAAGACUGGAUGACGAUGAAGGAGAAAGAACUCUUGAUCCAAUUCCAAACAUCCAUGGUAUUGUUCAGUUCGAGUACCAGUAUACCAGAGACGUUGUCUCCAAGCAACCCGGAGAGAACUGGACAGUCGUCUCUCCUCUCAGCGAGUCCACUACAAUAACAGAAAAGAUGAACAGCGGUGACCAGAUAAAGGUUUGGAUACGAGCACGUGAUAUUCUUAACAACACAAAGAUCGAUUCUACUAUGGUUACCACCGACUUUUCCCCACCAUCAGUAUCCAGUAUAGAUGAUAACACGACAACUUAUAUGGUACUCAAUAUUCAAGACGGACCAUUUAACUACUCCAGCAGGCUGCAUCUGACCGCUAGUGAUACAGAGAGUGGUGUUCGCGAAUUAGGUCUUGACAUUUCAAUAAAGGUGCCAGGUCAACCCGACAUCAAUGUGAAGAAGACUGUUAAAGCAAACACAGACGAUACAAGACAUCCUGACAGGGACGUCAGCUGUAUAGAAUCAAAGGACAAGAGUACCUGCUUCCUGCAGGAUCAGACAGUAUAUCUAGACAACUGUUGGUUGACUGUGCCCGAGCAAUCCCACCUAUCUUCAGCCAGUGCUACUGUGAACGUCCUUGCCUACAACCAGGCCAUGCUGACCAGCAGUGUCAGUUUUGAGAUUCCGUCUGUCACCAAAUUAACAGGAUUGGAAAGAUAUACAGGGCCAAAGACGGCCAAAGUGGAAAAUGUGCAGACCGGAAGUUUCCGAAUCGAAUGGGACUUCCCGAAAAAGAUGUCUUGCUACGCAAUACAGACAGAAAUCAUUAUAAUCUUAUUUAAAAAGAAUGCUGAUGGCACCAUAGACUUGGUAACGCACAGAGUACCGGGAUCCAGCACUUAUUUCGAAAUUGCAAGCCUGGAUCCAGAUACGGAAUAUAUGUUUACAUUCACAUCUAAAAUAGGUGGAAAGGAAGGCGAAGCACAGAAGUAUACAGCUAAAACGAAAGCCUUGCCAGUGACAAAGACUCCAGUUGGACUUAUUGUUGGUGUGGCCGUAGGAGUAUUGGUCAUAGUCGCGAUUGUUAUUGUUAUUUUUGUGUUCCUCGUUCGACGAGGCUACAUCCAUCCACAGGAAAGAGCGCGACGAGUUAAAAGGGCCAUGACGAAGAAGUAUAGAGAGACAUUCUAUGGCGAUGCCGAGACGACGACUAGGCGCCACAAACACGCCAUGGGAAAUCCUGCGUAUGAUGCUGAGGCGGGCGGCAAAACUUAUGAUAAUCGAAAGACGUUGAGUGAGCAUGAGGAGCUGUAUCUAUACGGAGGAAUGGAUAUAAACAUGCCGGAAGUAGAGCAUAUUGACAGGAGUAACAUUUCGUUUGAGGGAAUCAUUAAGGACGGCCAUUUUGCGAGAAUCUAUAAAGCAACAUUGAGGACCAGCAGAGCACAAACCACGGUUGUUGCGAAAACGCUUAAAGAAAAAUUUACACCGGAUGACGAAAUGCUGAUGAGAGCAAAGAUAAAUUUUACUGGUACUGUUGUCGGAGAGCAUCCGAAUGUUUUGAAAUUCCUGGGAGCUGUUGUUGGUGAUGAUCAAAUGGGGCCUUUUAUCGUGUAUGAAUACUGUGAGAAUGGCACAUUGAAAGACUAUCUCGUCUCCCAGAAAAACCACGUGACCAUCGAGCUACAGGAGCACCUGUUCAGAUUUGGUCUCGAUGUGGCAAAAGGAAUGGAAUAUCUGGCUGGUAAAGGGAUAGUCCACAGACGUCUAGCUGCCAGAAAUAUUCUGUUGACAUUCCUGAAUGAAGUAAAGAUCAGUGGGUUUGGCCCACAGCCUGACGUACAAGGAGACGGUGACUCGGAGAAACAGGAACGUAUUCCUAUUAAAUGGAUGGCCCCAGAAUGUAUGACUUCAACAAAAGAUGCCACGGAGAGAAGUGACGUUUGGUCGUAUGCCGUUGUUCUCUGGGAAAUAUUUACACUAGGCGACACACCAUAUCCUAAAAUGAAGAGCCGACAGCUUCCGAUAGCCCUUAAGAAAGGCGAACGUCUCCCUAAACCAGAGCAAUGCGAUGACACUUGGUACGGUGUUAUGGAGAGGUGUUGGGAGUAUGACCCCAGUCACAGACCAGUUUUUGCCGAGGUGAGAUCUGAACUGGACGAAAUGUUUGUGGCAUCCCCAGGGGACGACUACUACUACUACAAGCGAUAGCUUCAUGGUCUUUUCUAUGACGCAGUUCGCCAUAUUUUACGUUUAAAUAACACAAAGGACUUUUGCUUGAUCUAGAAAUGCCUUUGACGUAUAAAUAAUGUCAUGUCAUUGACUCUUGAAUGCUCUAGAAAUGAAAUGGCUUUUCUAUGCAUUAGUUUGCCGCACUUGACGUAUACAUGAUGUCAUGUCAUUGACUCUUGAAUGCUAUAGAAAUGGCUUUUCUGUGAAUAAGUUUGCCACACUUGACGUAUACAUGAUGUCAUUGACUCUUAGAUGCUUCAGAAAUGACGUUUUUAAGAAGAAAUGUGUCAUACUUUGAGCAUAAAUGGUAUUUUACUGAGAAAAUGUGUUCUUUUUUUUCUUAAACAGAUAUAUUUUAUACACGGAUAUCUAAAAUGUUCAUUUGUUGUAAUAUUUGUAUAUUGUUCAUGAAUAUUAUAUAUGCACGCAUGCUUAAGUCCGGGGCCUUACAUUUUGAGAAAAAAAUCAAACAACACCAAACCAUAGAAAGAAAAGGUUGUUUCACAUGAAAAUUGAAUAGCAUAUAAAACAUGUAUAUUACUCUACACAACUGAUAUAUACAUUGGAAUUAUGAAAAGGGCUACAUAAAAGGGCCAGACUUUCGCAUAGUUAAGCGCCUUUGAAAAAGAAUUGUUACAUAUCGUCGUUUCGGUGCAUUUGUAAUAAUGUCUCUGUGCUGAAAUUCCACAUAACUAGAUUUAACGUAAUUUCCAGCUAUUGUUUAUUUUUAUUUCUUUACAAAUGUUAUUCCUUUUUAAAGAUGUAUACAGUUCAUCUUUCAUUGAAAUAUUUUAUAUUUACAUAUUUACUUCAAAUGCAGAUAAUCCUUAUCAAAUAUAUUUAACUUCACUAAAUAUAUAAAUAAAUUGUCUAUAUUGAGCUACAUUCAUAAUCAAAUUUCAUGCAGUAACAAGUCAAAGUCAAAGUCAAAUAUUUUAUUGGCAUAAACAAACUUAUGUCCAUCGCCAAAUUACUGUGUGGCGGUUUAUACAUUUAUGUACCAUAUUAUAAGAACAGAAAAGUGUAGUAUAAACAAUUUUCAUGAUAACAUAUCUCUAUGACAUAAAUUUAACACACAUAAACAGAAAUUUAAAUAUAAAGUUAACUAAUUUCGUUUCUUUUUUGAGUCGCUGUUUGUGUAAAAAAUCUUCCAGUUUUCAUGGUAGUACAUUAUUUAUACUGUUUUCAGCUGUACAUGUAUACAGUGUGUACUAUUUUCUACCAAAUUCAUAGCAGUGUUAAUACACAUAAAUGUGUUUAUUUUAUGUGUACAUAAACAACUGGUAUAUUUUUUUUCAUAUAUUCAGAUAUAUAUAUAUCUUUAAGUAUACCUUUAAAAGUGGACAACUAUUUGAAAAUAUUUUAAGUAUCCAUCGUACGGGACAUGACGAUAGAAUAUGUAAUGGUCAGGUAGAUUGUCGAAAAGAUGUUGUUCGUUCAGAUGUGUUUUGAAGAUAUACUCCUAAACCUUAACAUACGUAUUCCUGGGCUAGAGGCAUAUUUCUUCCAAUAUUUUGUUACGCUAAAUGUUAUUGGUAAUGAUUAUCUUAACCUUAUGUCAUUUUGUAAUGCAAAUCAUAUAGUUGCUUGAAAGUGUUUUCAUGCAUUAUAAGAUAUUUCAUAAUACCUACUGUUUGUGAAAACAGUUAUAAAUGACUGAAGUAAACUACCAUAUUACCAAAGUAUUUUACAAAAUUUAUUUGUCAUUUUGAUCAUUUUGAUACAUACCGUUUAACUGUAUUUUGGCCUGUUUUAUUGAAUUUUCAUUACGUUUUAAAGAUAUUUUAAUUCAGCAUAAGUAGGUAGUACACUCAAUAUUAAAGUAUAUAGUCGACAGAUACUUGUAUUGUGUUUUGUUAAAUGUGUUUUUUAAAGAACAAGUUGUUAUGGAAGAUUCCAACUAAUGGUUGAUCGGCCUUUUCCGUUUUUCUCUCGAUUUGUAUUAAAACAGACAAUACCAUUCACAGUAUUCAUUAUAUUUAUCUUCAUUAGACAGUAGUUUUGAAUUUAUCACCAAAACGAUUUGAUGUAGUAUUUCCAUUAUAUAUUUUAGCAAUAAUUUUGGACACCAACCAUUUCUAAAGAACAGUUUUGAUUUUAUGUGAUGAUGUAUUGUUCAAACUUUCAGGAUAUGUAAUAUUUUGUAAAAUAUUUAGAACAUUUUCCUAAAGCUGGAAUACUUCGAGGGAAAUACAGCUUAGCUUUAAAAUUGACACAAAGGAAUAAGCAGAAUUCACGAAUUAUGGAUUGUGUGGACCAAACAUAAGUUAUAUUCAAGCAAUUGAUAAAAAUAUUUUGAUUUUAUACAUGUAUAUAUGUUUAUUACAAUUAUAAUUAAAAUACAUGUAUAUAUAUAUAUAUAUUUCCUUUUGUGUUGUCUUGCUUUCAUUUUAAUCACCACCAUCUUGCGACUUGUGUUGUGAUUAAACUAUUUUUCUAAAAAUAUAUUUUUAACCUUAUGUGUUUUUUCAUUCGAAUAAAUUUUAUUCUUUGUA